AUGUCGCGUUCACAGAUGCACAGUACUCCUUUGGACUAUAUGCUUUGUCUGUCCAUGGAAGUACAAAGAGUCGUGCUUUCAUUCUUGACAUUGAAAGAGCGUAUUCAAUGCUCUGUCGUCAGCAAAAAGUGGCGAUCGGUGGUGCUUGCUGAUCCGAAUAUGUGGCAUACCCUAUCGAACGGAUCCUGUAAUUACAAGUUACAUCGCGUCCUAACCACCUAUCAGGCAUUGAUUCCAACGAGCUCUACUAUCCGUGUUGUCGAUUUAUCUUUGGAUCCUAACUGUACCUACAAUGGCAUGCUUGCCGCUACCGAGGACUUGAAAAACACCAUGGAUUUGCUUACAGUCUGGGACUGUCGCUGCAUUAAAGAAGGUCGGUUGCAGUCAGACUUUAAGCAAGAACUAGUGAUGCAAUGGUUCGAGAAGUUCCAAGCGGUUACCUGCUCUAGUUUGAACCGGCUGACUUUGCUGUGGGAUGCUUUUCCAGAAGACACCAUCUAUCCAAUACCGGCUUUCGUGAUUAAUCAGUUUCCGAAUUUAUCGCAUUUCAGUCUAAAGAUGAGGAAUGGAGGCGAUUGGUUAAUCCGCCCUUCCAUUUCACUGUCGCAUCAAAUGCGCCGGUUAUUAUUUGGAGAAUUAGAAGCUGCUGGUGCCAACGACUCCUCAAUUCUGAAGCAACACCAGCACAUGAACCUCUCCAGCAUAUGCCUCGACGUUUCUAAUCAAGAUAUUGCCCUUCCAUUUCCCGAAUAUAUACUUCAAGUUUUACCGAAUUUACAAAGUAUCAACUUCAGGUCGUGCGGAUGGGGUGGAGCUUUGGCGAGAAAGUUCUACAGGUACUUGAUCAGCUACUGUACAGCAAUCCAGACACUUAGAUACAGCUGCACAUUCGAGAAUGACGAGGGAUAUACCUUGUUUUCUGAAUCUAUCGAACAUACGCAUACGAAACACUUUGCAACCGCUGAGCUGUCGAACUUACUGAGUGCGACGAACAGCACAUUGAAAUGUUUCCAGCUCUGUGGUGCUGGGACCAAGGAUACCAUGCACUAUUUGCUUUGUGUGAUCCCAGCAUACCACAACACGUUAGAAGUCAUUGAUCUGACUCAUUUAAGACAAGAGCAUCUGGAAGUCUUAUCAACAGCUGGAUUUCCUCGCUUGCAAAGGUUCAUUGGCAGCUUUUAUCAACGAGAACAGCAACAGCAACCGCCGGUAUCUGUUUCUAUUAAUUUUACAACACAGCUGAUUGCGUUCUUUGCACGAGCUCCGCGUUUGCACUACAUUCAAUUGGAGAAUCUACGUAUCAAUCAUAAACUUUUGGAGUUCCUUUGUUCUGAUCGUCUUACUCUGCUUCAAGUGCUGGUAUUCGAGAGCUGUUACGGAGUAAUGCACGACGCUAUUGCAGAACUGAAUAAGCAUUCCCAUAUCGACUUUCAUUAUAUACCGUAA